GUCCAAAAAACAGACAAUAACAAUACUUAUCUUUUUAUAUCACAUACAAAACAUAUCUCGAGCGGGCAGCAGCUCUAGUCAGAUCAUAUAGGAUAUCCGGGAAAAGACACAGUGAAUCGACAGAGCCGCCGAUCUGGCAAUAUCGGGAAAAUUGCGUCAAAAUUUCAGUGGUAUAAAAUCAGCAACAUCAACAGAAAGACAAAAACUGCCCAGCGCUAACGACAUUUCAACUAAACAAUGUCUAUCGCCGACACGCUCGACUACAUUACCCUAGGCAAUCCUGUCAGCAAGAUGGUCAUCUCGUCCGCCUCAACUUUUCUACGCUCACUCGGUUUGCGUCCAAAACAAGUAACGGUGCAGGAAACUUCAUUGGCAAUGCAAAAUGCUGCUCAACAGUAUGUCCAUCCACAUGGAUCUCUACAUUACCUCGCCGGUAGCCAUUACCACUUUGUGCGGCUGGCCGGGAUCGGCGGCGCGUCUGCCAUCUUUAUGGGCGCCUACUGUAAAUAUAUCCUGAAGGAUGUCAGUGAUCCCAAGGAGCAGCUCGACUCGCAGGCUUUUGCCGAUGUAGCCAAUCGCAUACACUUCCUGCAUUCGUUUGCCAUGAUGGCCAUGCCUCUCGCCCAUUAUCCAGUUCUCACUGGCACGCUGAUGACCUCGGGCACGUUGCUGUUCAGUGGCUGUAUGUACUACCGUGCCCUAACGGGCGAAAAACGACUGCAACCAUACGCGACCAUAGGUGGAUUCUGUUUGAUGGCCGCGUGGUUGUCGCUGGUCUUGUAGACGAGCCUGGAGGAGGAAAGUUAGCUUAUUUAUAUAUUAUAUAACACAUUCUGUAACAGUAAUGUAGUGGAUGAAGAGGCAACUAAAGCUAUGCCAAGUUUAACAUACAACAAUAGCUAAAAA